UUUGUAAUAUCUGUACAGAAUUUUGUUGUGUACGCGCGAAAAUUUCUUGCUAAAAUUCAUGCUCAACUUUGUCGAGCAAUGGAUGCUGUGGUUGCAAAGGAGGACUGUUUAUCAUCAAAUCCAUGGAAACCCAAAGAAGAUCAUUUACUCAUCAAAUAUCUGCUGGAUGUGAGCAAGGAAGACAAACGUAAUGCAAUUGCUACGUUGCGGUACUUCAAGUGGUUGGUUAAAAUUCCUGGAAGAAGCGCUGAAGACGUGAAGAAUCGAUGGAGGUUUCUGUCAAAACACGUGUCAUUCAAGCGCACUUUAUUCGAAGUCGCUAAUGAUCUCAAUACGAAGAUUGAUUAUGUCAGCGGAAGCGAACAUCUCACGCUUUCCAUGGCUAAGGAUCAUCCGGAUUUUCCCCGGGAUCCCAAGAAUGCCAGCACGCUUUACGUGGAAGCGGUUUUGCGGAAGAUGGAGAGAGAAUCGCCGGGAACGUCACGUGAUGCCCAAUUUUCGAAGGUCGUGAAAGGAAAGUUCAGAAGUCUUCCAGAUGCCAAGAAAGCGAAGUAUCUUGCUUUGGCCCGAGAGGAGCGGGAGAUUUAUGAAAUGCGAAAAGAUGAUUUUUUUGCUGCAAAUCCUCAGUAUAUCGAUGGAUCUCAAAUGCCCAAAUUGCCGCCUACACCCUUUGCUCUCUUUUUGAAGAGGAAGGGAAUUGAAACAGAGUCACCGAGAGUUAGACUCGCUCAGAGGAAAAUCUUUGAAGCUCUGACGUAUGAGAAGACGAGAAGAUUUUACCGGAAAGCGCUGGAUUUGGGAAUUGAAACAGAGUCACCGAGAGUUAGACUCGCUCAGAGGAAAAUCUUUGAAGCUCUGACGUAUGAGAAGACGAGAAGAUUUUACCGGAAAGCGCUGGAUUUGGUCCAUAAAUUUUAUGAAGAACUUGGAGUUUAUGUUGCGAUCCAUAUCAAGGAUCCCCUGCUUCCUGAUCGUUUUGCGCGUGUUUUCAAAGAAGUAUACACAUACCGGAGAAUGAAUAAAAUGAGCUUUCAGCAACAAGGCGGUUUCAUGAGAUUUGCCAAAGAAGUCUCUGCUGAAUGGACCGAGAUGCUCUGGAAAGAGAAAUUGAAAAAGGCCGCCGAAAUGUGGAAGAAGCUUCCAAUAUUGGUGAAGCGAGCACUUAGCUCUUCAGUGCAUUCUGACUGUGGAUUUUCGUCGUUUCGAGUGAUGGGAUUGAACCGCAUGAUUAAACAUCCGGUUUUCGUCUACGCUUUCAAGCAUUUGCCAGAAUUUCGACGAGAAUUCCCGGAUUUGGAGGAACCUGAGAUGCGCUCUGUGAUUAUAGAGCGCUAUCAUUCACUUGCUGAAGCGCAACAGAAUUCGUGCGAAGAUGAAGGGAAGUCGAAGGUAUUCAUCGGAACUGUGAUGAAAGCGUUGAAGCAGCCCAAACCUGAAGAGGAACUGGUUCUUCCUCCUGCGGAUGCCAAGGCAAUGUUCUUGAAGAACAUUGCAGCCCAGAGCUCACCCAGAAAAGGCUUGCAAAAUUCUCCAGAAACAUUUGAAGCACUAUCCAAGGCAGAGAAAGCGUCUCUCGCGAAAAGCCUCGAAGAAGAAGAAGAAACCUUUGCCACCAAAUUCAAGGAAUUCGCAGCGACUGCAACCCCUAAAACCUUGGUGAAUUAUCUUCGGGGCAUGUGUCAAACAUCGUCCAUGCCCGAAUCGGACGCCAAUUAUGAAAUGCAGAACGGUGCAGCUAAUGAUGAAAAUUACCUUGAUGAGGAUAUGGAGUCUGAAUGUGACAAUUAUUUUUGGGAGGGAGACGAGGAUUUUGAGGCUGACUAUGAAGAGGAUUUUAGGACGAAACCCGAGGAGGAUUUUGACAAUGGAUACGACGGGGGUUUGAAUGAUACCCAGCUCACGGAUGAUUUUGAAGAAAAACCGGACGAAGGCUUUGUCCCAAAAGCCGGCCGCAAAUCAGGAAAUGCUUCGAACUGUUCUGACGAUGCCGAAAAACAUAUUUCCAAGAAAAAACAGGCUCCACGGAAGAAAAAAUCGCACCAAUUUUCUUCUGAUUCCGAGGCCGAAGAUCCUCAAGAACACUCGAGGAAAGAAGUCGACAAGAAGUCAAAAUUUUUUCAGAAAAUGUCCUCGGCUGCCCAAGCUGUUCGAGAAGUCCCUGAAAGUCCAAGGAAUAGCCCAGAGCGUCUCCCAAAGAACUCCCCGAAGAAGUCUUCCGUCAAAAAG